AUGCCGACCUAUGAAAUCAUCAGCAACGAAAUGACGUGGUACUUGAUGAGGAUCCUCAUGUUUUACGUGACCCCCUCCAUCUCCGGCCUGGGGGUCGUGGGCAACAUCCUCAGCAUCACGGUCCUGACGAGGCACGGGCUCCAAAAGUGCUCCAACAUCCUGUUGGUCUCUCUGGCCUUCUCGGACAUGAUGUACCUCAUCUCCUUCAACAGUGUGCCGAAGAUUCUCUACGAGGCCGUCUGGAACCACGAGUACCGAGGCUUCAGCCAACACGACACGCACGUGCUCUUUGUGUUCUUCAGCAUCUUCACGCUCUUCGACUACGCGUGCGGACUGAGUGCCCUUACCCUGCCCAUGUUGAUCACAUUCGAGAGGCUGGUGGUCAUUUUCUUCCCGCUCAACUUCCGGCGUUUCAUCACCCCUGGACGGACAUGGGCGGCGGUGGUGGGCGUGGCAGUCUACUGGUUUUCUAUUUUUAUCUACGCCAGCUUCUGGUCGGAGACUCAGUUCGGCAUUGACCCCGUCAGAAAUGUUUCUGUUGGUCUAAUUAAAAACUCGGCGUUUUACUACGAUCACCUGAGCUCCGUGGCCUUGAUACAGGACCUGCUGAUCUUCUCCAGUAUGAUCGUGCCGCCCCUGUUGACCGUGGCUGGCUGUGUGGUCAUUUCCAUCAAGAUCCGCAUCACGUCGGCCAGACGCAGCAAAUUGACCUCCAAGAUCGUCUCGACCAGUAGGACGACACGCAUGCUGUUGGCAGUGUGUCUCGUCUACACAUUCAACACCGCCUUCCUCUCCCUGCCUCUCUACAUCCCACAAUACGCAUCGUACUCUCUGACAGACGACAACCCACCCAAUAUCGUCAAGAUUUUCUAUCAGGCUGUCAACACAAUGGGCUGCAUCAACAGUUCCAGCAAUUUCCUGGUCUAUUUUUUAUUUAACAAGAACUUCCGCACCAGUCUGCUACACCUAUGCUCGCCAUGUAACUGUACCAAAGUUUAA